UCUCCGCUCCGGCCGACUCCCCUGGUGGCCCCAGACCCUCCGGUCGCCUUCCCCGCCCGGCUUUCGCCUCUCUCGGCGCCUUACCAUCACUCCCACCCGCCCCAUCCUCAGCGCUCCCCCACUGGGGGCUCCGGCGGAGGCGCCCCGACCCCGGGAAGGGGCCAAAGCCAUCAGACCCACCCCGGCUCGGCGCCCGCGCCGCCUUCCAGCAAAGACUUGAAGUUUGGGAUUGAUCGCAUUUUGUCCGCCGAGUUCGACCCAAAACUCAAGGAAAGCAACACGCUGAGAGAUCUGACCUCCUUAUUAAGCACCAGCCGCCCAAGCGGGGUUCACGUCCCUUCCUUACAGCCUCCGGCCGGCCAGUUCUUCGCCUCUCUAGAACCCAUUAACGAGACCUCCGGAGUCCUGGGGACUUUAAACACAACCCCACGGAAUUCAGUUCAGCACCAGUUUCAGGACACUUUUCCAGGUCCUUACGCGGUGCUCACGAAGGACACGCUGCCUCAAACUUACAAGCGGAAACGCUCGUGGUCCCGAGCGGUGUUUUCCAACCUCCAAAGGAAAGGGCUGGAGAAACGCUUUGAAAUCCAGAAAUAUGUCACCAAACCGGACCGAAAACAACUUGCAGCCAUGUUAGGACUCACAGACGCUCAAGUCAAAGUCUGGUUCCAGAACCGGCGCAUGAAAUGGAGGCACUCGAAGGAGGCGCAGGCGCAGAAGGACAAAGAGAAGGAGCCGGCGGAGAAGGCGGCAGGGGGCGCUGUGCCGAUCGUCGAGGGCGAGACGGAGCGCAGCCCGAGCCGCUCGGAAGGCGAGAGCGAAAGUAGCGAAUCGGAAUCUUUGGAUCUGGAGCCCGGCAGCGACGCGGAACGGACGGAAGCCGGGGCCGCCCCUGAUCAGCCCCUGCCGCGGCAUAGUCCGGAGUUGCAUCAGUCGGCAGGCUCGGAGCCCGCAGUUCACCCCGAACCGCUGCCUUCGGCUCCCAUGGGCUUGGACCAAGUCAAAGAGUCUCUGCGAUGCCCAGAGCCGGCUUUUUGUCUGCGGGACUCUCCGUGACUGCCUUCGCGGGGGCACUGGCCAGGCUCGGAAGCCAUCCUUAGCACCAGCUCCGAGUGAUUCCCCCCCCCGCACCACAGCUGACAACGGGGGUGGAUGUGGGGUCCUCACCUCUAUUGUAGGGGGAGGGCGGUGGGGGUCAGAGGCGAGCUGAUCUCUUAACCGCGGGUGGAGGUGGGGGUGCCAACCUCUGCUUGAGGUCUCCAGUUUGGAGCCCAGAGGUAACUGCCCCAUUUGUGGAGAAUGGGGCGUGUGUGUAUCAACCCGGCCGGACUGAGAGCGCCAUCCUGCAGCCCCGGUGCAGAAACUAAGGAAAGAAACUGGCGGAUUUAGCUUUGGGAAGAUCCACACCUUGAUGGAUCCCAGAGGGUUUCUGCUGGACGCUUUCUGCCGCUAGGAAAAAGAUGGCCACGUCUUCAUCUCCCCACCCCACGCACUUUGCCAGCCCCAGGUCCACAAAAAUCCCUUUCCCCAAAGCUCGGAUGAGGUUUUUUUUUGGGGGGGGGACCUACAAUUUCUACAAUCCACCAGUCAGAAAAAAAAAUGUAGGGGGAACAUUUUCAAGCUCUUCUCCUACCAUUCGUUCACACUGUAAAGCAUUUGACCCCAAGUCCAUCCCUUCUUUAUCCUUCUCAAUCCUUUGCCAAAAUCUUGCUUUGUCUAAUCCGGCCAAGAAAUACUGCACUGGAGGAAAAAAAAUAAGGGAAGAAAUGUAGAGUGUAAAUAAAUUGUUUGUUAAAUUUGUUAUGUCCGUUUCCUUAUGAGGGAGAGCAGUCCAGAUCGUUGUUCCAGCUACAAAAGCCUAAUCGGGGAUAGCACAGCACAAAUCUUUAACUCCCUCUCCUCCUAAACACAACAGAUUUCUCCCAAUU